AUGAACCAAAUCUUUCUCGACGAUGCAAGGCAUUCUCUAAUGCAAGAAAUUCCUCCGAGUACACGAAAAUAUACUUGCCGGCGAAGUCGUAACCAACGUACCAACAAAAGGCUCAGUUACGACGAAGGGCAGCCUCACGACACAAAGCAGCACUACACUGAAGAGCACGACUACCACAAAAAGUACCCACACGACAAAAAGCACGACUGCGACGAAAAGCACAACUGCGAGCACGACAAAAAGCACGACUACGAGCCAAGCGAUUCCACCAGCCAGCAGUGUGUGUUGAUUUGUGUGUUCAUUUAUGUUAUCUUUAAUAUUUUUUGA